AUGGGGAAUUACUGCGGGGCACUGGGGGCUGUGGGGAGAAGCGGGGGGGGCUCGUGGGGCCGGUGGCCUUGGAGGAGGCCAGGUACCAGCAGCACCCUGCCCCAGGCCCGGAAUGAGCCCGACGUGUACGAGACCAGCGACCUCCCCGAGGACGACCAGGCCGAGUUCGAGGCGGAGCUGGAGGAGCUCACCAGCACCAGCGUGGAGCACCUCAUCAUCAACCCCAACGCCGCCUUCGAGAAGUUCAAGGACAAACGCCUGGGCACCGAUGGUGUGGAUUUCUCCGACCGCAUCAGCAAGAGCAGAACGACCGGCUACGAGUCCGGGGAGUACGAAAUACUGGGAGAGGGGUUGGGUGCCAAAGAGACCCCCCAGCAGCGGUACCAGCGGCUGCAGCACGAGGUGCAGGAGCUGAUGCGUGACGUGGAGCAGAUCCAGAGCGCCAUGAAGGAGUCGGCGGCCGAGGAGGAGCUGACACCGAUGGCUUUGGCCCGGCAGCUGGAGGGGCUGAAGCAGCAGCUGGUUUCGUGCCACCUGCAGAAGCUGUUGGGCCCCAGCGCCACCAUCGACUUUGCAGACCCCGAAGGUGCCUUGGCAAAGCGCCUGCAGCAGCAGCUGGAAGUGGCCAAGUGCAAGAAGGCAGCGCCGGCAAAGAGCCCCCCCAAAGCCCCCGCGCCCCCCACCGACACACUGACCUUCGAGCUGUUCUGGAGGCCGGAGCAGGACCAGUUCUCCCAGGCUGCCAAGGUCGCGGAGCUGGAGAAGCGCCUGGCGCAGCUGGAGGCCAUGGUGCGCUGCGAGCCCGACAGCCAGAACCCUCUGCUGGUUGGGCUGAAGGGCACCAGCCUUGUGGAGACCGUGCAGAUCCUGCAGGCCAAGGUGAACAUCCUGGACGCGGCUGUGCUGGACCAAGUGGAGGCCCGGCUGCAGAGUGUCCUGGGGAAGGUGAAUGAGAUCGCCAAGCACAAAGCAAUCGUGCAGGAUGCUGACACACAGAGCAAGAUCCAUCAGGUCUAUGAGAUGAUGCAGCGCUGGGACCACAUGGCCAGCAGUCUGCCCGACGUGGUGCAGCGGCUGCUGACCCUCCGGGACCUACACGAACAGGCCUCACGGUUCGUGCAGGUGCUGGUGCACCUUGACACCACGCAGCAGGAGGUGGCUGCCACUCUGAAGGACAACACUGUGCUGCUGGCAGAGGUCCAGAAGACGAUGAAGGAGAACCUGGCUGUCGUAGAGGACAACUUUGCUGAAGUGGAGGCUCGCAUCAAGCGGCUGCAGAAAUGAGAGCAGCUCUGCACCCAGCCACGAGGGCCC